CUAACUUUCAACUAAGUGAUUACCGCCCUUGUUUAGAAUUGAAUUUGAAACCGUGUCGUGUACAAAAAAAUGUUGCUUGCUGUUGACCUUAAUACUUUAGAUAUGGCAGUACUAUAAUGCUUUGUCAAGAACGGUACAAAGUAUAUUGAAACCCACAGCAAAGCAGUGUUUAUAUGAAUUGGUGGAUUGAUUCUAGCGGUUGUAAUAUUUGCCUCGUUUAUAAAGUUAAUAGAUUAUUUGCAAAUUAUACUAAAAAUUGUUUCUUCUUCGUAAAUUAAAUAUAAUCAUACAAAUAUGCCGCGUAUCAUGAUUAAGGGAGGCGUUUGGCGCAAUACUGAGGAUGAGAUCCUCAAGGCUGCGGUGAUGAAAUAUGGGAAAAACCAAUGGUCACGUAUCGCCUCACUCCUACAUCGUAAAAGUGCUAAGCAAUGUAAGGCACGUUGGUAUGAAUGGCUAGAUCCUAGUAUUAAGAAGACUGAAUGGUCGCGGGAAGAAGAUGAAAAACUUUUGCAUUUGGCUAAAAUCAUGCCUACGCAAUGGCGCACCAUAGCACCGAUUAUAGGACGCACCGCAGCACAAUGUAUAGAGCGUUAUGAAUAUUUGCUCGACCAAGCACAGAGAAAGGAAGAUGGGGAAGAAUGUGUAGCAGAUGAUCCACGUAAACUUAAGCCAGGUGAAAUAGAUCCUAAUCCGGAAACAAAACCGGCCAGGCCAGAUCCCAAAGAUAUGGACGAAGAUGAAUUGGAGAUGUUAUCGGAGGCCCGUGCACGGUUAGCAAACACUCAGGGCAAAAAGGCUAAACGCAAAGCUCGUGAGAAACAGCUGGAAGAAGCUCGUCGAUUGGCUGCUUUACAAAAACGUCGUGAAUUAAGGGCUGCCGGAAUUGGCAGCGGUAAUCGCAAACGGGUGAAAGGUAUUGAUUACAAUGCCGAAAUCCCUUUCGAAAAACGACCUGCUUCGGGUUUUUACGAUACCUCGGAAGAAAACGUGGAAAAGCUGGAACCUGAUUUCAAUAAAAUGCGUCAACAAGAUCUUGAUGGAGAACUUAGAGUAGAACGGGAAGAACGUGAACGUAGAAAGGACAAACAAAAACUUAAACAACGCAAAGACAAAGAUAUGCCCAUGGCUAUGUUGCAAAACCUAGAGCCAGAGCGCAAACGUUCGAAAUUAGUGUUACCGCAACCGCAAAUUUCCGACCAAGAGCUCCAACAAGUAGUGAAGCUGGGUAGAGCUAGUGAAGUAGCUAAAGAGGUAGCAACAGAUAGCGGUGUGGAGACAACAGAUGCUUUGUUGGCAGAUUAUUCUAUAACACCUCAAGUUGCAGUUACGCCGCGCACACCAGCACCCUUUACUGAUCGCAUUAUGCAAGAAGCUCAAAACAUAAUGGCUCUCACCCACGUUGAAACUCCUUUAAAGGGUGGCAUCAACACUCCUCUACAUGAUUCAGAUUUCUCUGGAGCCCUACCGAAAUCGACAGCUAUAGCCACUCCUAAUACUGUAAUUGCUACACCAUUCAGAACUCAACGGGGAAGUGGUUCGGUCACACCUGGUGGUUUUGCAACGCCUAUGUCAGCUUUAGUGGCCGCGGGCAAAACUCCAAGAGUCGAUGGCUCUCAAACAACAGCCUUGGUCCGUGAUAAACUUAACAUUAACGUUGAGGAAAAUCUGAAUGUCGGUGAAACGCCAGCUAUGUAUAAGAAUUAUCAAAAGCAAUUAAAACAUUCCUUGCGUGAAAGUUUGGCCACUUUGCCAACUCCAAAAAAUGAUUAUGAGAUCGUGGUACCCGAAGAAAAUGAGCUUGAACCCACAGAUUCAACAAAUGAAUCCAUCACUGUUGAAGACCAGGCUGAUGUAGAUGCUCGUGUUGUAGCUGAGAAAGAAAAAGCACGUAAGCAAGAAUUGGGGAAGCGUUCCCAGGUAGUUCAAAGGACGCUGCCGCGCCCAACCGAAGUAAACACCAAAAUUCUUAGACCGCUUUCCGACAAACCAAAUUUAACAGAAUUACAAAAUGCAGAAGAAAUGAUCAAACACGAAAUGAUUACUAUGCUAUUAUAUGAUUCCACAAAGGAUCCAGUUCCUGGUCAAUCAGAAAAUAAAAUGGACCAAUUGCAAACAUAUUUCAAGUCGAAUCCUUACGAAGAGAUAUCGAAAGAAGAACUAAAUAGGGCAAAACUGCUGUUAAGUAAUGAGAUGAAGGUAGUCAAGGAGGGAAUGGGUCACGGUGAUUUAGCUUUGGAUGUUUAUUCUCAAGUGUGGGAAGAGUGCUUAGCUCAAGUACUAUUUUUACCCUCACAAAACCGUUACACUCGAGCCAAUUUGGCUAGCAAGAAAGAUCGCCUCGAAUCGGCUGAGAAACGUUUAGAGCAAAAUAGACGACAUAUGGCUAAAGAGGCGAAACGCUGCGGCAAAAUUGAAAAAAAGCUGAAAAUUUUAACUGGUGGUUAUCAGGCGAGAGCACAAGCGUUAUUAAAACAACUACAAGACACUUUUGAACAAAUUGAACAGAACACUUUGGCAUUAUCUACAUUCAAAUUUUUAGCUGAACAAGAAGCUGUUGCCAUACCAAGGCGUCUGGAGUCUCUACAAGAAGAUGUACGUCGCCAAAUGGAACGUGAAAAAAAAUUGCAACAAAAAUAUGCCAACUUACAGGAAACCCUUAAGGAACUAACUAAUGAUGAAACCAAAUAAUAAAUCUACAACAUAUGUUUCUUUAAUUACAGUAAAUAAAACAUUAAUAUUAUCUCCUUUGAAACCAAU